AUGGCUUUGUGGAGUUGUGCAGCACAGUUUGCUGAGCUAGAUGUCCGCAUGCCUUGGCUGUUGGGCUUCAUCUCCAUGCUCCAUCAUGGAGCGUUGGUCGGUCCAGGUAGUGUGGGUGAUACUGAUGGCGUAUUGGACAGCGGCCUGCAACUCUGCUGCGGUCAUCUCGUCUUCCUAUUGACGAUCGCAGCAAGCAUGCACUCCUCCGGCUCAGCACGGCAUAGUUUGUUUGAUCAAUUCCUUUCGCAUACUAUCCACACGAGGAUCCUGAACCCCGCUUUCCUUCCGGUGGCGCUUCGCACACUUCGCGCGACACUCUUUCCUAGCAAUACGCUUGGGCCCCCACGAGAGAUGCCAACCGAUGAAGAGGCUAAGGUGAUCAAGCACCGGUGUGCCGCUACACUACUGGACUUGGUACCAUCUAAAGUAGCGGCAGGUUUCUUCGCGAGUUCCGAACACGAAGACCAAGUUCGACAAAUAGAAGAUAUUCUAAGCUGCCUCGAUGACACCUACCUCAACAAGCAUUUUGUCUUCCAGGUUGUCGAGCUGAUUGUUCUGCGCCUGUUUCCGGAACUGGGUGAUCAAGGCGUCAAGGAUCUACUAGAAGAACGCAUUAGUUAA